AUGUCACUCGAAAAAAUAAAAAAGCAAAUUGAGUUUUAUUUUAGCGAUGCAAACUUUCGUGUAGAUGCUUUUAUGAAGCAGCAAUCCCUUUUAAAUAAUGGAUUUAUACCAAUUGAUACAAUUCUUACAUUUAAAAAAAUGAAAGAAUUAAAUGCUGAUAAAGAUUUAAUAAAAAAAUCUAUAGCGGAUAGCAAAACUGUUGAAUGUAAAGACGAUUGUUUAAAAAAGAUUGAAACAGAGGAAUUUAAAAACUAUGUAUGUGAUACAGAUAUAGAUUCCAGAUGUUUAUAUAUUUCGGGGUUUAAUAAAGAGAGUACUUUAGAAGACAUAGAAAACAUUCUAGCUUCUAUGAAUCCACUACUUAUUAGAAUGAGAAGGCAAAAAAAUAAAAAAUUUAGUGGAUCUGUUUUUGUCGAAUUGAAAAAUGAAGAAGCUGUGGAAAAUGCUCUUAAAAUGGAAAUUCCAUGUAACAUUGAGGAAGAUAUCGAUGAAAAAGCUAAGCGAUUAAAAAAUGAAAGUAACAAUCUUAUCAUUAUGCGAAAAAAAGAUUUUUUAUUACAAAAAGAAAACCUAACUGAACAGCAAAAACUUCAAGACGCCAGAAAUGCACUAAAAGAUGAUUAUGCUGAUAAAUUGUUUCGCUAUGAAGCUGCUGAUGAUUUGGAUAUUUCUAAUAUUAAAAAAAUUGUAAAAGAUUCUGCAUUUGUUGACCUAAAAGAAAAAGUUGUAAGGUUAAAGUUUAGUAAAGAUUUUGAAACUAAGGAAUAUGAAAAUGAAGGAACUGUUGUUAAAAUUAGAAAGUUAACUAAAGAAGAAGUACAUGACUAUUGUGAUAAAAUUCCUGUGAGACCAAAACAGAAAAAUGGUAAAAAAUCUAAUAAAAAAUAA